AUGCCACAACUUGACACAUCCACAUGAUUUACUACCAUUGUCGCCAUAAUUCUUUCACUAUUUAUCCUAAUACAACUCAAAUUCCACAAAUACACAUACCCUAUGAACCCAGUACUAAAAGCACUUGAGUCUACUUCAUUCCCUUGCCCAUGAGAAACAAAAUGAACGAAAAUUUAUUCUCCUCUUUCGCUACCCCAACACUAA